AUAGUUUGGCGUUGCGCCCGAGGAAAUUGUCGUGGGGUUCGGGUCGCAAAGUGAUUCCAGCUCAGACCCCGCCGAUCGCCAUAUAACUCUUUCACUCUCCGGUUUUCUCAGCCCCUCUCGGACCCUCGAUUUCUCGCUAUCUCUCUCUCUCUCUCACUCUUCUUUUGUCUCUCUUUCUCCGGCGUAAAAGCUUCGAUCGCUCGCUUGGGGCGUUUGGGGCUUGUGAUUUCAGUUUCAGUUUUGAAGAUCACUCGCUGCGAGGCAGACGCUCAGCAGGGCGGAAAGAGAAAGCCAAAAGCUGAAACAAUAUUGAAAAUAAUAAUACAAAAAAGUUGCCGACUUGAACUCCCUUUCGAGCCCUGUAAAUUACCACAUUUGUGUACUUCAAAACGUGAAUAACUGAAGCAGAAGCUGGGCAAACAAAGCUGGUCCCCAGGGCAAAGUUACACUUCCCAUAACCAUCGUACAGGCCAAUAUCAAUGUCAAGCGAUCGUGAAAACACUCGAUCGUUCCGAAUCCGGGGUCAGAAGCUCUCCGGCUGAUUAACACUCCGCAUCUCCGCGUUCGCAGGUCGCAGUAAAUAAACAAAAACACACAAAUACGGCAAAUACGGCAAAUACGAGCUGGUAGCUCGCAAAAAACAACAAAAAACUAACAGAAACGCGCGGAAUAUUGAAAAACACGUUUCCACAAAAAAGGUGCUCUCGCACAACAACAAAUUAGCCAAAUAAAAAAUAACAAACAGCUCAAAUUGCUGUCGCUUUUCGCUAUUUGUUAUUGAAUACACGCGCACACGCAUUCGAAUUUGAGGCCCUGAUUCUGGCCAUUACCGAAUAUGUCGAAAAGCUGAGCUUGCUGAAUCGAGAUCGCUUGUAACCCGAGCAGCCGUGACCGCAGAAAACCCAUUAAAGAUACUCGAUAUCCCGGAGAUACAUACCUGCAAAGUGCAACCCAGAGACACAAUGGAGCGCUCGCACAGCUGUAGCAAUUUCGAGGAUGGCAGGGGGGGCAUCAAGGUCGUCGAUGGACCCUUGGAGCCGCUGGCCGGCAGCAGUGAUCAGCUAGCCAGCGUUCACUUUCCGCCCAGCAAACCGCUGCGCCGGCGCAGAAAACUCCAGCGACAACAGUCGGCGGUGGACGCCGAUGACAUGGAGUAUGCCGCCGACCUGGAGGAGAAUGCCGAUCCGGAUGUGGAGAACGCAACGCCUGCGGCGCCAUUGCCACUGCCCCUGCGACACAUAACGUCCUGCAUGGGUAGCCGCAGCCUGCGCCACGAGGAAUCCUUCGAGUCCUCCAGCACGGCCCCGGAGCUGAGUCCGCAGGCUCAGAGGCAGCAGCGAUUUAGCAGCCUACUCCUGCGAGACAGCUCUGUGUCCGUGCAGUCCGACUCGAGUCGCUACUCCAGUGUGGACAGUCUGCUGGAGGCCCGCAAGCCCGAUCCCGAGGCCAUACUCAUCAACCUGGGCUUUGGCCCCCUCAGCUCCGAGGACAUGCUGUCCAGGAUACCCCGAAGGUUCCUCAAGCCCUCGCAAGUGCCUGGCAUCGAUACCGAUGCCUUCGUGCAAAGACUGACUUUGGCCCGGUCCCUCGCCGACUCCAGUGUCCUGGGCUAUAGGGGUCUCACCGGCAACCCCGACAUGCCACCCUCCUCCAUUGUGGCCAGCAUUAUGAAGCGCUUCGAGGUGAACCACCAUCGCAAGAACUCCAUGGGCUCCAUCAAGCCCUCCAUUCAAUGAGCCAGCCAUACUCCUUACCAUAGGUCAGCCAAAAAGAGGACAUUUUCGUAGCGUUAGUUGUUGCCAAGCGGGGUUUCUGGUGACCCAUGACCCCUGUGAUCGUCCCGUCUUGUCCAUUAGCCCACUUAAGUGCCGCGUACUUAGCUGUGCAUCUGUAUUAUUGUACCACUACAUUAAUUAUUAAUUUUUAAGUAUGAAUUAAAGAUGAUAUUUUAUGGUAA